GUCCCGCCCGUGCCCUCCCCCUCCUCCCUCCCCUCUCGGGGAGCUGCACCCGCGGCCCAGGCGCGGUGGUGGCGGGGCCAUGGCGGACGCGGCGCCGCUGCCCCUGGAGGCGCUGACGCCCCCUGGCGGCGGCCCCGGGGCGAGGCCGGGGCCGGGCCGGGCCGAGGGCGCUGAGGGCGCUGAGGGCCUGUUCGUGGUGCUGGGCGCCGGGCUCGCCGCUGCCAGCCACCCGCUGCUCUACGUCAAGCUGCUCGUCCAGGUUGGGCAUGAGCCACUACCUCCAACCAUUGGAAGAAACGUGCUGGGAAAGAAAGUACUGUACCUGCCUGGCUUCUUUACCUAUGGUUGGCUGUAUCCCGCGCAGCCCGUGGCCAGACACCCAUGUCCUGGGAUCGCCAUCCCCGAAACGCCCGAAGUCGACCCUGACCCCAGUGAGGCUAGCACACGCAUCGCCUAGGAUCGUAGCCCAGGGGCUCAGGACAGUCGGAUCCCGUGCCUCCGGAUGGAGGCAACCGGGAGCUUGGGAAGGCCGGCCUCCGCUCCGCACGGGACCGAACCCCGGUCUCCAGGACGGCCAGUCCCCGAGCAGGGGGACAACAGCCUCCUGCUUCACGGCACAGCCGGCAUCCAUGGCACCCGGGGACGGACCCCCGGGACACGGGAUAGUCGGCCCCCGCCCAGCCCAUGGCCGGACACCCGUGUCCCAGGAUCGCCGUCCCCAAACUGCCCGAAGUCAGCCCUGGAGCCCAGUACGGAGAGCAUACGCGUCGCCCAAGACCGGAGCCCAGGAGCAAGGGACAGACCCCGCGCCGCACGAGGCCAAACUCCCGCACACGGGACCACCGUCCCCAAGCCCACCUAAGUCGGACCUGUACCGCGGUGUGGCUAGGACACACGUCGUCUAAGACUGUAGUCCAGGGGCUCGGGACGGUCAGAUCCCGUGCCUCUGGAUGGACGCAACUGGGAGCUCGGGACAACCGGCCGCCGCUCCUCAUGGAACCGAACCUCUAGUCUCUGGGACAGCCAGUCCCCGAGCAAGGGGACAACAGCCGUACUUCAUGGCACGGCCAGCAUCCACGGCGCCCGAGGAUGGACCCCCGGGACACAGGACAGUCGGCCCCCGCCCAGCCCGUGGCCGGACUAAAGUCCCCGAGCAGGCAGACUACAGCCUCAUUCUUCACAGCAAGGCUGGCCCACAUACCGAUCGAUGACGGACCCACAGGACACGGGACAGCAUGCCCCCUUGCCAACCAAGACAAGUGCGCAGAUUGGUGGACCGCCUGUCCCCGAAUCGCCCGAUAGCAGCAUCCCACUUCAAGGCAUGGCCAACCCCUACGCAGCCCGAGGCCGGACACCCAGUCCCCAGGGCCGCUGUCCACCAGCCGCCCAAGGUUGGCCCCGGACGCAGGAGUGGAUAGCACUCACAUCGCCCAAACCAGAGCCCAGAGGCUCAGGAUGGUCAGCUUCAGCACUGGUCGAGGCUGGACCCCUGGGACACAGGAUAGCAUGACCCCUUGCCACCCGAGACCAGUACUCAGAUUGCAGGAUUGCCGGUACCCAAACUGCCCCACAGCAGCACCACGGGUCAAGGCACUGCCAGUCCCCAUGCUGCCCGAGACCGGACACCCGGUCCCUGUGACCGCCGUCCACGAGCCGCUCAAUGUUGGCCCCGGACGCAGGUGUGGAUAACACUCGCGUCACCCAAACCGGAGCCCAGAGGCUUGAGGAUCGACUCUUGCACUGAUCGAGGCCAGACCCCCGGGACAAGAGACAGCAUGCCCCCUUGUCGCCUGAGACCAGUCCUCAGAUUGCGCAGAUUGCUGGACCCCGAACCACCUGACAGCAGCAUCCCGCUUCAAGGCAUGGCCAGCCCCCACGCUGCUGGAUGCUGGGCAGCGUUUAAGGACUCUUAGCACUUCGCCGGGCAGCCUUUUCUAAUAUCUAACCAGCCCUGCCAUGAAGAAAUGCUUAUUUAGUAUCCAAAUAGCCAGUGCUGGUGAAUAAAUUUGUUCCUCCCUUGGGGUAGGGCUUGGCAUUUUCCUCUCCUGGACUUCUAAAGGUUGCUGCCUGCCCCUAUCUGCAGGUAGUCAAGGUUCCUCCUAAUGCACCAUCCCCGCCCCACACAAGGGCCCUUUCCACAAAAGCCUCCGACCACCCGCCGCCUCACCCCCUCCCGAUUCUUCCUGCCCCAGGGCGCCACUGACCACCAACCUCGUGGCACCAUACCGUGGCGUCCCAGGCUCUCCUGACAGCUUCCACCCAUAGGGUGGUCCCAGCUGUAACAAGUGACUGAGUCCAAAA